CGAUGAAUGGCGCCUACAUUCAUGAAUGGCGGGAAACUUGACAUAUCUUUUCUGACAUGACAUCUCUUCUUGACUUUCCUGCAAGAAAAGUGUUUGCACGAGAUAUAUCUAAGAGUAUUCGUCUGCGAUCUUCAGAAAUCGAAGAGAGCAAGAAGGGCAAGAUCAAGAAGAAACACAAAGAGUGGAAAGUGACGUGUAACGGAGUAGAAUUCAGCGUUACAGUGGUGUGGAUCCAAGGCCUUGUCAGCGAGGUGCGUUUACUUCAUAGACAGAUAAAUAAAGAAGAAGGCUUCCUGAUCCUUGAUGACAGUACUGGGAAUGUGAAAGUGACCGGAUUCAACAAUAUACCUUUCAUUUCACCGUCCCUAAAUACAGGACAGUAUCUUAUGGUCAUUGGAUCUGUGACCAGAAGUGGAGACGUCCCUGUGGUGAAUGCUGUAAAACUUCAGAGUCUGGCCCACGUAAAAAAUGCUGAACAGUCAUGGUCCCUGGAAGUCAUGGAUCAAAUUCUACAUCUUGGAUCAGAAAAUGAUUUCAUCAGAAAUUGAAAAUUAAUCUAUCUUCCAUAUUGAUGUCAUCAAUUUGUGCACAUUUUAUAAUGAGGAAUUGUUGGGGUUUUGUUUCAACUGUAAAUAAACUAUGAAUAAUUAUAUUUCAGGAGUCAAUGUCUGAAAAAUGAUCAGUUAUAAUAUGUUCAGUGCUUGUCUUUAAGUUUUGUAUGUUGAAAAUAGGUUUUACGUCUGCUCACUACAGCUACACUAUUAGAGCAAGUUUCUGUUGUACGUACAUGUAUAUAGGAUGUGGAUCUAGCAUCUAAUUUUAUUCUAUAUGAUUCAUAUGCGGAUCCGGAAAGGAAGGGGGGGGGGGGUCCUGGGGUUGGACCCCCCCCCCCCCCCCCUUUCUCUGGGACAUCUAUGUAGUUUUUGAUAUAUAAGAUGAAAUAUUCAUAUAGAUCUACUUUAAUGUAAUUGUGCCAAUUUUUGAAAUAAACGUUCACUACUAUA